AUGCACUACUCUACCCUCCUCGGCGCUGCUGCAGUCGCUGCCCUCUCUGGCGGUGCUAACGCCAGCCCCCUCGUCCGCCGCGCGCCUGAGACCGGCGUUGUCAUUGAGCAGUGCACUCAGCCUGGCGUCGUCGCUCUUACUUACGACGACGGUCCCUUCACCUUCACUCCUCAGCUGCUUGACAUCCUCAAGCAGAACGACGUCAAGGCCACCUUCUUCAUCAACGGCCAGAACUGGGGCAACAUCGACACGGCCCCCAACCCGGACACCAUCCGCCGCAUGCACGCAGAGGGACACCAGAUCGGCUCUCACACCUACUCCCACGCCAACCUGGAGCAGUCGUCCACCGAAGUCCGCAGAACCGAGAUGACUUCUCUCGAGGAGGCCACCCGCCGCAUCGCCGGCAUCGCCCCGAGAUAUAUGCGCGUGCCUUAUCUGGAUUGCGGCGCCGCCUGCUUGCAAGACCUCAAGGACCUGAACUAUGUCGUUGUCGGCACCAACCUCGACACCAAGGACUACGAGAACAACAAGCCCGAGACGACCCAGAUCUCGGCCGACAAGUUCAACAACGAGCUCCUCCCCACUCCCGAGACCAGCAGCUUUAUUGUCUUGUCCCACGACGUCCACGAGCAGACGGUCGUCUCCCUUACAAAGAAGAUGAUUGAUACCAUCAAGGCCAAGGGCUACCGCACCGUCACCGUCGGAGAGUGCCUCGGCGAAACCGACCCCAACAGCUGGUACAAGAAUUAG